CCUUGCGCGGGUUUGUAACGAAUUUAGGCGCCAUUUUCAAGUUGGAUUUUCCUCAUCACAGCGAAAAUAAACGGGCUCGGAUUUAUGCUAUUUUUAUAUUUAAAAAUUACAAACGCGUUUUUAGGCAGUCGACACGUUUGGGUUACAUAGGAGAGCGUUUUCAAACCUGAGAGAUUUUAGCCAAUCAUGCCAGGAAAAACGACCAAGUCCUCCACUGCUGCUAAACGAGGAAAAGGGUCUCAGGAUGACUCUGACGAGGAGAUACACCAAGCCCCCACUAAAGAAGCUCGCUCGGGUGACCAAGACCUGCCACCAGCACCCAACACUAAUGAUGCAGCUCCCGGGGAGCCUGCCGAGGCAGUGGUGGAUAAUCGAAGUUUGGAGGAGAUCCUCGGUAGCAUCCCUCCACCCCCGCCCCCAGCGAUGACCAAUGAACCGGGCGCUCCUCGUCUGAUGAUCACUCACAUCGUCAAUCGCAAUUUUAAAUCAUACGCUGGGGAGCAGAUUCUGGGACCUUUCCACAAGCGGUUUUCCUGUAUUAUUGGUCCAAACGGCAGUGGAAAGUCCAAUGUGAUCGACUCCAUGCUCUUUGUGUUUGGAUACAGAGCUCAAAAAAUCCGAUCCAAAAAGCUGUCUGUCCUUAUUCACAGUUCUGAUGAGCACAAGGACAUCCAGAGCUGCACUGUAGAGGUGCACUUCCAGAAGAUUGUUGAUAAGGAAGGAGAUGACUACGAUGUCAUCCCCAACAGCAAGUUCCAUGUUUCAAGAACAGCCGGUAAAGAUAAUUCCUCAGCCUACCACAUCAAUGGCAAAAAGGCCACUUUUAAAGAUGUUGGGACAGUGCUUCGUAGCCAUGGCAUUGACCUUGACCACAACAGAUUUCUUAUUCUACAGGGGGAAGUGGAGCAGAUUGCUAUGAUGAAGCCUAAAGGCCAGACAGAGCAUGACGAAGGUAUGCUGGAAUACCUUGAGGACAUUAUUGGCUCCUGCCGACUCAAAGAGCCUAUCAACACUUUGUGCAGACGAGUGGAGCUACUCAAUGAACAGAGAGGAGAAAAGCUGAAUCGUGUGAAGAUGGUGGAGAAGGAUAAAAAUGCCCUGGAGGGUGAGAAGAACAAAGCGGUAGAGUUUCUCACUUUGGAAAAUGACAUGUUCAAGAAGAGGAGCCAACUCUGCCAGUUCUAUGUGCAUGAUUUGCAGCAGCGUGUGGCUGAAAAGGAAGCAGAGAAACAGCAGAUCCAGGAGGACACCAAGGGACUGACUGAAAAAAGCAACCAGCUCACAGAGGAAAUGAAGGGGAAGAACGAGGCCCUGAAGAAUGUGGAGAAGAAAUUGGGCAAGCUGACUAAGUUCAUUGAGAACCAGAAGGAGAAAUUCACCCAGCUGGACCUCCAGGAUGUAGAGGUGCGCGAGAAGCUCAAACACACCAAGACCAAAACCAAGAAACUUCACAAACAGCUGCAGAAGGACAAGGAGAAGUUGGAAGAGGUGAGAAAUGUCCCUGCCAGCAGUGAGAAGAUCAUUACAGAAGCCUCUGCCCAAAAGGAAGAGUUGGAGAAGCAGAAAGUGAAGGAAGAGGAGUCCCUGGCCCAAGUGAUGGAGAGUCUUAAGGAGGAGACCAGCGGCCUGCAGAAUGAGAAAGAGCAAAAAGAGAAGGAGCUCCUGGAGCUGAGUAAGGCAGUGAAUGAGACACGCUCACAGAUGGAUGUAGCUCAGUCAGAGUUGGACAUCUACCUUAGCCAACACAACACAGCAGUUUCACAGCUCAACCAAGCGAAAGAGACCUUGCAGGGCACUGCUGACACACUUCGUGAGAGAAGAUCUGCCAUCAAAGACUUGCAGGUCAAAAUACCAAAGUGUGAGCAGGAGCUUAAGAAGGAUGAACAGGAGCUGGAACAGAUCUCUGGGCAGGAUGGGGAGGCCAGGGGAGUGGUAAGUGACCUGAGGCAGAAGGUUGAAGAGGCAAAAAGCUCUUUGUCCUCCAACCGCAGCAGAGGAAAAGUGCUGGAUGCCCUCAUGCAGCAAAAACAGAGUGGCAAGAUCCCUGGCAUCCUUGGACGCCUGGGUGACUUGGGGGCCAUUGAUGAGAGGUAUGAUGUUGCCAUUUCUUCAAGCUGUGGCUCGCUUGAUAACAUCUUGGUGGACACCAUCGACACAGCCCAGAAAUGCGUUGUUUUCCUCAAGUCUCAGAAUAUCGGAGUGGCCACUUUUAUUGGUCUAGAUAAGAUGAAGGUUUGGGAAAAAAAUAUGGUUGCCAUUUCCACACCUGAGAACAUUCCCCGGUUGUUUGACAUGGUGAAGGUGAAGGAUGAAUCCGUCCGACCUGCGUUCUACUUUGCCCUGAGAGACACGCUUGUUGCUAAAGAUCUGGAGCAAGCCACUAGAGUGGCCUUCCAGAAAGAUAAACGCUGGAGAGUGGUUACUUUGCAGGGACAGAUCAUCGAACAGUCUGGCACCAUGACUGGAGGAGGAGGACGUGUAAUGAAAGGCAGAAUGGGCUCCUCUAUUGGCACCGAAGUAACACAGGAACAGCUGGACCGUAUGGAGAGUGCACUGAAUGAGAAGGUGGUGCAGCUGCAGGGCUGGCAGCAGAGGAAACAGCAGCUCGAGGAGAAGGUGCACAAACAAAGACGGGAGCUCAGAGACAUGAAGAACACAUUGGAGAAAUACACAGCCAGCAUUCAGAGUCUUGAAGAGCAAGAGAUGCUCAUGAAGUCUCAGAUGAAAGGGUUGGAAGCAAAUGUUCUCGCUGCUGCCCCAGACAAGGCUAAGCAAAAACAAAUGGAGAAGAGCCUGGAUGCCUUCAAGAAAAACUUUGAGGCUGCCUCCAACAAGGCAGGAAAGGUCGAGGCUGAGGUAAAGCGACUUCACACCCUGAUUGUGGAUAUAAACAGCCACAAACUGAAGGCCCAGCAGGACAAACUAGAUAAGGUCAACAAAGAACUGGACGAAUGUUCCUCAGCUAUUACUAAAGCCCAAGUGGCUAUCAAGACCGCAGGAAGAAACCUAAAGAAGUCUGAGGAAAUAGUUGAACGUCUAGAAACAGAGACUAAAGAGAAUGAGAAGCUCAUGGAGGAGCUAAUGGAGCAGUUAAAGAAACUGGAGGAACAAGCAGGAGAGAUCAUGAAGACUUGCCAAGAUGCUGAGGAGGCACUGCCUGAAGUGCAGGAAGAGCAUCGUGGAGUGCUACAAGAGAUUAAGGCUGUUCAGGAAAAAGAGCAUGCUCUGCAGAAAGAAUCCUUGAACAUCCGGCUGAAAGUUGAGCAGAUCGACACAGCUAUUUCUGAGUGCCAGAGUAAGAGCAAGCACUGGGAUAAAGAGGCCACAAAGAUCGUUCUGCAUUCUAUUGAUGAUAAACCAGCAGAGGAACUGCCUAAGCUGACCCCAGAGGAUUUGGCGGCCAUUAAGAACCCAGAUGUUAUUAAAAAUGAGAUUGCUCUGCUGGAAGACCGCUGUGCCCGGAUGAAGCCCAACUUGGGAGCUAUAGCAGAGUUUAAAAAGAAGGAGGAGCUGUAUUUGCAGAGAGUAGCUGAACUGGAUGAGAUCACCACCCAGAGAGAUGAUUUCAAGCGAGGGUGUGAAGAUUUGCGGAAGCAGAGACUGAACGAGUUCAUGGCUGGCUUCAACAUUAUCACCAACAAGCUGAAAGAGAACUACCAGAUGUUGACACUAGGGGGUGAUGCAGAGCUGGAGCUGGUGGACUGCCUGGACCCGUUUUCUGAGGGCAUCAUGUUUAGUGUGCGUCCUCCUAAAAAGAGCUGGAAGAAGAUCUAUAACUUGUCUGGAGGAGAGAAAACUCUGAGCUCUCUGGCUUUGGUUUUUGCUCUGCAUCACUUUAAGCCCACACCUCUUUACUUCAUGGACGAGAUAGAUGCUGCGCUGGACUUCAAGAACGUGUCCAUUGUGGCCUGCUACAUUUAUGAGCAAACCAAGAAUGCUCAAUUCAUCAUUAUUUCUCUGAGGAACAAUAUGUUCGAGAUGGCUGACCGUCUGAUCGGCAUCUACAAGACACACAACACCACCAAGAAUGUUGGCAUCAACCCCAAAACCAUUGUCCUCAAAGAUGUUGAAGUUGCAUGAGGAUAAAAUAAGUAUUGUCAUGAUAACAUCAAUGUGUUUCAUAUUCAUCUGUCUUCUUUUUUCCCAUGAAUUUAAUUACACAUACUUGCACUGUUUUUACUAUUCUUUUUCCUGUGUAAUUUUAAACCUAUUUCCUCUUUUACUGUCCUUCUUAAAUAAGCUGCUGUUUAUACAAUUAAAGUUUAUAUAAAGAUGUACAA